AUUUGGUCAAAACUAGAUCUCUCUGAUUGUAAUCGGUCUGUGAAAGUUAUUUGGAAGAAGGAGAGGAUAAGAUGAAAAUGGAAAUUAGACCAAGACGUGUCUUGUGCUGGUUAAUUGUCUGUUGUCUGGCUACGGCAGGUAAUACGAACUUAUUUUGCACGGAACCUGUCCAUAUCAUGCAUAAACUAUUAAUAUGUUAAGUUAUUUUAAUGAGUCGAAUUGUGUGUUAAAAUGUAACAUUUAAGACACUUGAAUGAUCGAAUGAAUUGAAAAGAUGAAGUCAACAGCAUAAGUAAGAUAAAAGUGUAGUAGGGAAAAAAAUGUUUACCCAAUUACUUCUAAAACUUUAAGCGUAAGCUUAGCUAAUUUUUUCAUGUAACGUUGAGGAGUACACAAAUAAAGGAAAAUAUGAAAUUUUGAUUGUGAAGGGAGUUAGUGCCUCAAAGACAUUGCUAAAACAUGACUUUGUCAUGAUGUAAAGUCAUUACUUUGUCAUGAAUGUAAAGUCAUUACUUUGUCAACUUUAUCAUUGUGAUUACUUUGUCAUUACUUCGUCGUUACUUUAUUACUGUGAUGGCUGCAAACAAAUAUCUUUUCCUUCUCUAUUACUUAAAGUAAUGUGUGUAUAUAUAUAUAUAUAAACAUAUAUAUAUAUAUAUAUAUAUAUAUGUGUGUGUAUGUAUGUAUGUAUAUAUAUAUAUAUUAUAUUAUAUAUAAUAUAUAUAUAUAUAUAUAUAUAUAUAUAUAUAUAUUUAUAUAUAUAUAUAUAUAUAUAUAUACAUACAUACAUAUAUUUAUAUAACUAAAUAAGCUCAAACAUAAAUAACACCAUUUUGCUACAUUAAAAGGCACGUUGAUACAACUGUAAAGUAAACUCCAGAGCUCUAAAUCUUUGAUAAUGAUCAUCAAACUCUGCCAACCGAGACAAAAUUAAAGAAACAAAAAAAUCUCUUUCAAUAUCAUGGUAAAACGGGUGUAAAAAAGCAUUGUAAUUAUUUUAUAAUACUUUUGUAUUAUUAUUUCACACCAAAUAGUGUUAUUAAUAUUAAAAUUGUUGUCCUACAGGUGGACAGCUUAACUUGACGGCAACCCCAAAAGAGCUAUCUCUUGGAAUCACUGACCAUCUCACGGUCAACUGCACGUACGCCAACGACGGCAAGUCAGACAUGACCGCCCUCAUCUCUUUGUUUAUUUACCGCCAAAAUGACGUCAACGCCACGUCAGACAACGGCGAAGAGCUGGCUUCCAUUAACACCUAUGUUCCUCACGUCAACACCAUACUCCCAGAUUUCAACUCAUCGUCUGGACGCAUCGCCGCGGAUGGGGUCUCUUACCUCGAGCUCAGUUGGCUUUAUCCGGCGCAGCGUCAGAGUGGGUUCUACGUCUGCACUGCACAGGGCAUUGACAACGUGGGCCACACUGUCUCUACUUCGACAAAAACCAACGUGACCACCAGGCAGCCAGAGAGAGACGAGAUACUAAAUAAGAUAAAAGAAUUAAACGAGAACCUUAAGAGCGUGGAACAGAAAUUUUCAGAUCUCCACUCAAAUUUGUCAGCAAAUUUUUACCAGUUCGCCGGCACGCAGUCCAAGCAUGACGACGACGUCAAUAAAACACUAGCAGUCCUAAAGACAUUUGAGAAGGAGGUUCACCCGCUCCUCGGUCUCUUUGAGAGGUCUUUGUUCUAUCCGUUCAACCUAACCUACGGGGGCGACAUCUAUAGGAUUCUCCGCGCGCCUGUGUGGGGAUAUGACGAUGCCGUCGCGUUGUGUGAAAGCUACGGCGCCACUCUGCUAGAAAUUGAUGACGAUGCAGAAUACGAGAGAGUGGAACAUUUCUUGAACGAGCAUUCCGGGCUAACUACGAUCCUCGUAGCUGGUCGUCUGGUGAACAACCGUUGGGAAAAGCAGUAUUCCGAUCUUCCGAUGUUUGAGGGAAUUAGUAUUCUCGCGCCAUCCGACAGAUUCGCCACGAACGACUGCCGCAUCCUUACUAACAGUUCAGAUUGGAGCUUGCAAAACAUGCCGUGCGAUGAAAUACGAACGAGAUCCCCAUAUCAGCAAGUGAAUGUCAUGUGUGAGUCGAAAGCCUAGUUUUCUGUUCUUGACAAAAGUAGAGCAGUAGGUGAAAAAAAAACAAUCAUUUAAAGUGGUAUCUGAUUAAAACUUACGAAAACGAUUGUGGAUUUUUCUUAAUGUUCUUCUUUUUUUUCCUGUAAAAUUUAUUGAAAGCCUUAAAAAUGGAAUGUUAAAAAACUGC